GCACAACAUAAACAUAUGCUCGGAGCAAGGUCUGUGUAACGUGUGUUCUGGUCUACAGCAGCUGUUAAUGUUCCUGGCUCGCACUGUCUUCAAGAUGUCAGGCCAAAAUCCUUCCCUGAUUAGGCUGGAACAGAGGGCCGCUGAGGCAGACCAGAUCAUCGAGUACCUCAAACAGCAGGUCCAGCUGCUCAAGGAGAAAGCCAUUGUACAGGCCACAGUUCGGGAGGAGAAGAAGCUUCUUGUGGAGAAUGCCAAGCUGAAAAAGGACAUCGAGGACCUGAAAAAACAGCUACUGGAAAAGGAGAAGAGGAGAGGAGUAAGGGAGGUGGCUGUGCCCUCAGGAGACUCCCUGGGAAACACCCCUGUCCAGUGCACCCCCAAAUCAGCUGCUCCCGUAUCAGACGGCCCCACCUCACCCCCUGCCCUCAGUAAAGGCGCGCCCCCCAAAGACGAGGAGGGCAAGAAGAAGAGACUAGUGCAGAAGGUCGAGAAGAAGGAGAAGAAGCAGAGCGCGGCUCCGGAGGAGGAGGCCAAGGUGGACGUGUCCCGCCUGGACAUGCGCGUGGGUCGAAUCGUCACGGCCGAGAAGCACCCGGACGCCGACUCCCUGUACGUGGAGCAGGUGGACGUGGGAGAGGCCGCGCCCAGGACGGUUGUCAGCGGGCUGGUCAAACACGUCCCCAUAGAGCAGAUGCAAAACCGGAUGGCGGUCAUCCUGUGCAACCUGAAGCCGGCCAAAAUGAGGGGCGUGGUCUCCCAGGCCAUGGUGAUGUGCGCCAGCUCCCCGGACAAGGUGGAGAUCCUGGACCCGCCCAGCGGGGCCGUCCCCGGAGACAGGGUGACCUUCCAGGGCUUCCCCGGUGAGCCGGAUAAGGAGCUGAACCCCAAGAAGAAGGUGUGGGAGCAGGUGCAGCCCGACCUGCGCACAGACGGCCAGUGCGUGGCCACGUACAAGGGGGCUGCCUUCGAGAUCGCUGGGAAGGGGGUGUGCAAGGCCCAGACCAUGAGCAACAGCAACAUCAAAUAACCCGCCCGCCCCUGCCCAGCCCCCCCCCCUCCCCUUUGGGGGUGAAGAAUAGCGUUCCCAAAAUGUGACCGAGGAAGAAGGAAUGUUGCUGAUCCACAAUAAAAGACUUGUUAUGAUGAA